AUGGAUUCUGAAAAGGAUAGAAUAAUGAUUAUCGAGGUAUGUGAAGCUCACACAGGUACAAACAACAGACCAAAAUGGUAUCAAAUAUAUAAAACAACUAACGACACAAUCUGA